UUGGACUUUUCCACCGAAACUCGACCCCCGAACGGCCAUUCGAGCUGUCAAUCAAAGUGACUUUUCAGCCUGGAGCAUUACCUCCACGCGGAAGCUCGGCAUGGCCGUCCUGAGCAGCACAUCCCUUCCCUCCUCCACUCCACCCCUCCAGUCCCUUCCCCUCCCGCGCCUCAUACCGCGGCUGCACGAGUUGUUGUUAGUGAUGGAGAGACAAGAGAUCGUGGUGUGAGAAGUGUGAGGCUCGAGUGACACAGAGAAAAAAAAGUGUGGAACCAGCAUGGAGACCGUGGAACAGCUCGUGACCUUUAAUCACAUCCACGUCGAGCUUAACGGAGGCGCUCCGUGGGGAUUCACGCUGAAAGGAGGACUGGAGCACGGAGAGCCGCUCAUCAUAACAAAAAUAGAAGAAAGAGGGAAGGCAGCUGAGUGUAAGAAACUACGCGUGGGAGACGAACUAGUCAACAUCAAUGGUUCUGCACUGUACGGCUCACGCCAAGAAGCCCUGAUCCUCAUCAAAGGCUCUUAUAGGAUCCUGAAGAUCAUUGUCCGCAGACGCACUGUGCCACUGAUUCAUCCGCAGUCCUGGCACGUAGUAAAGUUAUCAGAAGCAUCUCCUGUGCCUGGCUCAGCAGGCAGUUCAGACGGCCCACUGGCCAUGCAGCUCCACCCUACACCCUUCAGUGUACCGUGGCACUCUGGGGGUGACAGUGAGCUGUCCAUGCCAUUGGGCCACCUCUCCCGGCACUACAGUACAGACCGUAGCAGCUCUGUGGGGAGUAUGGAGAGUCUGGAAAACCCUCCAAGUCAGGGAUACUACGAAAGCCAGAUCUCUCCCAUUGACCCUGUAAUCUUUAAUAAUAAACGUGACUCAGCUUAUAGCUCUUUCUCUGCAAGCUCAAAUACAUCUGACUACACGGUAUCUCUGCGAACUGAGGAAAACAGCUCUAUGGACAGCCUCCUCCAGGGCUUUGGCCCCUCCUGCAGGUUUUCAGAGGGACAUCCAAAUUCUGUGGCUAGUGGCCAAGAAGAAUUUCAUUGUGAAGUGGGGAUCCUCAAGUCUGGGACUCUGCCUCAUAAGUCUGAGCCUAAAAUACGUCCAUCAUCCUAUAGCUAUGAAGAAGACAAAUGUGGGCCUCCACAACCUCCCACGAGGAAGGAUAGUUUUAGGGCUACCAGAGGCUUACCAGAGGGGUUGGAUAAACGAUGUUUGUCUGCUCCAAUCGGUGUGUCAAAUUUGACUUGCUGCACUAUCGAAGACCCUCCUCACCUUCGCAAGGCAUUGAAUGGGAGUGUGUGUUUGAAUGGUCAAGAAAAUGACCAGGACUUGAAGGGAAACAAAGCAGAACCUUAUUACACCAUAAAUUCUGAAAAAGAAUUGUCUAUAGAUAACCAAGUCAGCUCGACAGAGGAAUGCCAAAAGAGCAGUCACUUCCAGCCUAUAGAGAGGCAUUCAACCAGGCCCAGUCCUCCAACAGCAGAUUGUCUUGAUAGUCAAGUAAAUCAUUUAGAUAACAAUCUCCAGCCUAGGAUGCACAGACACAGUGCCCCUGAAAAAUUACUUGUCUCUCAGUUGCACAUGAUUGAGCUCUCUAGUGAAAAGAGUGCACAUUCCAUGUCCCCUUCUAGUCUGUGGUCUAAUCCUCUGCAUCCAAGGGAGGAAAUAAUUGAAGACGGUCUGGCUGUAGCUCAGGGUAAAUGGGGAGGGAGCAGGUGCUCCACACCUGGUUCACUGACCACUUCAGAGCUAGAAGAACACAGGGUAGAUGGAGAGCCAUUUGAUUCAGGACAAAGACUUACUCCUGUCCAACAUGUUUGGGGAAGAUCUGCCAGUGUUCCAGGUGAAACUAUAGGAAAUGGAUUUGCUGGGUCUGGACCCUGCAUCGACACCCAACUUCAUGAGAGAGGUUUUGAAACCAUUAGUGCUGCAUCUAGUAUGGACACUCUACUCGAGAACCAGGAAGAAGGAGAAGGCAAGGGAGAUGAUGGUGAAAUUUCAAAGCCUCCUCAAAAGCGGCAGUUUCGUUCCUCAAAGUCUCGCCGUCGAAGUGAACGUUUCGCAACUAAUCUUCGCAAUGAGAUCCAGAGGAAGAAGGCUCAGCUACAAAAGGGCAAAGGCCCAGGUGGUCUGCUAUGUGAUGGUGAGACUGUAGAGGAAGAGGAUAUAGAAGAAAAAUCCCCAGUGGAUAUGCCAACUGUCCAUCAACACAAGACCCAAACACAGACUAGUCAACACAACAGCUUUCAGAAUUUUGGUCUAUCUCAGGCCAGAACAAUUGUUUCCAACUCAGUAUUUCCAGGCAGAUGCUGUGGAACAAAUUCUGCAGACUAUUCAGGGAGCAGGAUUGAAGAUAUCCAUCUUUCACAGGAUGAAACCCAUGGUAUUCAGUCAGCUGAGGUAAACAGACCUGUGUGUGUGAGUGUGGUUGAAGAGUUGGCACCACCAGGUAAAGCCAGACGUUGGCGUUGGACACCUGAGCACAAACUGCAACCAGAAAUGAAACCGAUUGAAACCAAGAAGAAUAGUGAAGGAACAGUACAGUCUUCUUGGAAUCUUGGAACAACAAGGGGAAGGGUUGGUUCUUCAGGUGGUCGCUGUACCCGAGCUGAUGAUUGUGACAUCCCACCUUUUGCAGACCGAAGAAAGUUUUUUGAGGAGACUAGCAGAAACCUGAGCCAGUCUGUGACCAAUCUGGCUGGCCUUACCAGUCACCGCCAGAGACAAGACAAGCAUGGGAGAAAAAAAGACCCAAAUUCCCCAGAACCCCUUGAGUCAGUCCCUAAUCUUGGACACAGGAGGUUUUCUUACCAGGGUGGAAUUAAUGAUGGAACUUCAGUCAAUUCAUUUGAUACUAGAAGAAAAAUAGUACAGCAAGCGAGAGACCAAGAGAGAGAAAAUACACUGGAAAGAGAAUGGGAGAAGGAGAAACAAAGGGAAAAAGAGCGAGAAGAAGAGCUGCGUAAAGAACAGGAGAGAUUACAGGCAUGGGAAAAGGAACAGGAGCUGGAGAGGAAGAAAGAAAGAGAAAGAAAGGAAACUGAAAGAGACCGCCAGAGAAUGCAACAGAUGGAGAAAGUCUGGGAAACCAGUACAGAUCGCAUUUAUGCAGGACAUGAGCUUAACAAUGCCACAAUGCUACCACCUUUGCCACAUGAUAACCUAAAACAACCAUUUACAACCCAAACGCUAACCCUGCAUAAUUCACAUUCUGACCAUUUUCAUAAUAAGCCCAACCCUGCCAUCCAAAAGCCAUGGUCAGCUUUUCGGCCUGUAAAUAGCCAGCAAUAUCAAUCUGACCAAUACUGUCUAUACCCUGAAUACAAGGCCAGGAGCUGCACUCCAACAGAGACUUUUCCUGUGCAUGAGCUGGAACAAACAAAACUAAGGAGGAAGUUUAGCCUGUCUGAAAGGGACUAUACUCAGAGUAGACAAGAUUCAAGACCAGGAGAAGUGGGUCGGGGAUUUUGCGGUCAGUGGAACAACAGACGGAAUUGCAACAACGAAAAUCAGCCCAUGAUGCCAUCAACACUUACAAACCGCACCAUGUCUGAAAAUGACAUCCGCAUGGAGACCAAGUGUCUUCGUAGCCAUGGGGCAGCUGCUACUAAUAAUAGCAGAAUGUCUUCGUCCAUCGUCAGAAAACUGGAUGAGAAUGUUGUAUCUGUAACAAAGAAGAAAAAAGGACCUCCUCCACCUCGGCCACCACCCCCAAAGUGGGAGCAGUUUCAUAAGAGACGGGCAUCUCACCACAGUUUAUUCUCUUCCCAUCCUGGCUCUUCUUCCCAGCUCCAAGCAUACACACCAUGUCCACCCACAGCCCUAGAAAUGACUCGUCAGCGGUCCUACAGCCUUCCUCCGAGGGACGAUUCUGAUAGUCGUCAAGCUCUGCUAAACCCUGCCUUAAAUAACAGAGCUUUUAAACCUGUGGUGCUACCUCCAAAAGAAGAAGACACUCCCAGAAUUCAGCACUAUGAUACAAAAAGUUCAGAUACAUCGACACCCUUAAAUGAGUCUACUCAAAGACAUUCUGAGCAAAAAUUAUCCCAGUCUUCAGAUCAGUACAGACCAGCUGUGGUGAAACCAGUAAUUUAUAAGCAUAGAGCGGAGUGGGACUUGACUUCUUCUCACAACUACACAGCCGGCAACAGUUCCAGCAAUUUGCCAGUCCCCACUUUGGAAAAUAGCUCUUGUACUGGACCUGUCUACCCUGAGUCCUACUUCACAGUCAACUACAACCAGCAGCAUUUACAGAAUCAGCCUCAGCAAAUAUGCAUAGCAGGCACCACCAUCAAGACUGUGGAAGCUUCUACCCCAAAUCUAUUUCCCAGCGAAGAUCAAGCCUUGCCCUAUGAGACCGACAUAGAUGAAUUCCGUGAAAACGAGGGGACAGAGGUGGAGCAGCAAAGGCAAGCAGAAGCCAGGACAGAGAUGCAGUGUUUUGCACAGCCAGUGACGGUGCUUGAAACAGACAUUGACAAUGUGACUGAAGAAGAGGCUCCAUCAUCUGGGCUAAACAGAGGGCAAAGGACGUCCAUCGUAGACACUUUAUUGGAAGAGGAUUGUGGCAGAGCUGGAAAGGAUCUUAUGGGAGAACUGUUCCCUCACUACACAGGAAAUGGAGCAGAAGGUUGGAGAGGAGGCAGUGUAGUGAGUGGAGACCUGGUGGAGAGGUCUUCUAAACAGAGCCCACAGGGCUCAACCUCUCCCAGCUCUAGAGGAUUUGUCAACACAGCUCAGCUUCUUAAUAAGAUGCCAAACUUCUCAGAGAUGAGAGAGGAGGAUGAAGAGCUAAAUUACAAGAGGCAGCUAAUGGAAAGCUUGCGUAAGAAGCUGGGUGUGUUGCGGGAAGCCCAAAGAGGUUUGCAGGAGGACAUUAGAGCCAAUACUCAGCUCGGUGAGGAGGUGGAAAGCCUGGUGCUGGCCGUCUGCAAGCCAAAUGAGGUGGACAAGUUCCGUAUGUUUAUUGGAGACCUGGACAAAGUGACGAGUCUUUUGUUAUCGCUGUCUGGCAGGCUGCUCCGAGUGGAGAGCGCUCUGGAUUGUCUGGACCCAGAAUCAGGACAUCGUGAGAGGCUCCCCCUCUUGGACAAGAAGAAGCAGCUCCUUGCGCAGCUGGCUGAGGCUCAGGAGCUGAAGGAGCAUGUGGAUCGGAGGGAGGAGGCCGUGGGAAGGGUGCUUGGUCGCUGCCUGACUCCAGAGCAAAUGCGUGAUUACAGCCAUUUUGUGAAGAUGAAGGCAGCACUGCUGGUAGAACAGCGACAGCUGGAUGACAAGAUCCGGCUAGGGGAUGAACAACUCCGCGGCCUGAAGGAGAGCCUGGGUUUGGGAUACGGCCCUUACUGAAACUCGAAGCAAAGUACAGGGGGUUCGCGUGUGCACACACAAACGAAAGUUUCCCAUGAAAGAAAACCUUUGACUGUAUAUGAAUGUAUUUGAUAAACAAACCUGCAACAGAGACAGUCAGAGACGUCUGAUAAGCACAAGUGCAGUGAAAUUAUCGGCUGUAGUAUCAGCUGAGGCUUUGUGGCAACAGUUUGCUACUCCUUCACACAGCAGCAAUACUCUUUGUUGAGAAAUCAUUAACACUAAGCGGUAAACGACCUCAAAAUCUUACUCUAGGCCACAUGACGGCGUGUACGCGUGUGAAUGUGUGCAUCUCAUUAAUAUCAACUGAAAACCUGUCCACGCACUGCUAUUUAUUUAUUUAUCUCUUAGCAGAAAAAACUUGAGUAAUGUUGUUCUGUUUACUGAGAUAUGGUCACCUUGAAUAUCAGCAAAUUGAGCACUAAAAACUUUUGGCCCAUUUAUCAUCACAUUUAAUGCAUUAAAAGGAGAGUUUUUGCUCGAAAAACGAAGCAGGAAUCGUGUUUAAACAGUCACAUCACUCUGUUAGGUUCAAACUGGAAUUUGCUUUGUUAUGAAAGUGUUCUUUUGUAUAUCGUCGAUUGAAGACACCCACCUUUUCUUCAUGUGCGUUCAAUCUGCAUGCAUCCAUUAUUCUGCGGGUAUUUCUGUUCUUUUCAGACAUUAAAGACAUAUCUGUGCCUUUUUUCUCAUUAUGAAGUGCUUUACUGCAUUUAUUCAUAAGCGAUAUGCAUUGUUUUAUUUUCCUAAGCCAAAGAUUACAUUCAUGUCUUAACACACGAACAGAAAUAUGGUGCUUAUUUUGGACUACAUGCAGUAGCCUAGUGUUUAAAGGACAUUCUUGCUGUAGCUGUGUUUAUUCAGUGCAGCUGUGUUUAACAUUUUGAUCAUGUAAAACAGUUCUUACAGUCCAUGUAUUUAAUGCUCAUGCUUGCAGUGUUGCAAAAGUUAUAUGUAAUAUAAUGUAUCUUUUUUUUUUUUUCGUUCUGACUGAGCAAACUGCUUUUUAAUAGCCUUAAUCCUCAUUUGAGGAAAAAAUGCUGCUUAAUUGAACAAUUAAGAUGCUGAGGGUUUUUUUUUUUUUUUUAAACCAACAGUUGAUUAUACAAUAUAUUGUUGGCCAAAUUCUUUUUUCCGAACUGCCUUUCAGCGUUUAAGUGCCAAAGAUGAAUGUGCAUUUGUUACAGGAAACAGUUAAAACCUAUGUUGUAUGUAUACUUUUUUUUUUACCCAAUGUAAAUACUGCCUUCUUCUGUACGCUUGAUCCUUUGUUGUAUAAUACCUUCGUAAAUUUCUUCACGCUGGAAAUGUAUGAAAAUAUUUGGUUGAACUAGAAGUAAUCAAAUUCCCCAGUUUUUGGUUUGUUAAAAAUCCAGUGUGGAAUACGUACUAUUGAUUAUAGUAUAUAAAUAUUUUAUGCUA